AGUGUAAAUAAUGUUAAUUGUUUAUUUGUUUUCUAAAAUCAUGUCGGAAUAAUUUGUCACAAUUAACUUUUCAUUUGUAACACUUGUUGAUUUGUUUUUUCUUCAAUGGAAAAGGAACAAUAUAGAGAAAGUCGCCAAGGCUUGAAGAUAAGUCAUCUAUGUUUUGGUAUCCCGAGUUCGUUUCAAAUUCAAAAGCAAAGUCAAAUUCAAUGUGUCAAUAAAACUCUGUACGAUGAUCAAUUAGCUCAAGAAAAUAAAUCAGCUGCUUAUGGUGUCCUCGAUCAUCGUCUCGGUACAAGUCAAAAUGGACAAAAAUGUGAAACAUGUGGUGAUGGUUUAGCAGAAUGUGUCGGUCACUUUGGUCAUAUUGAUCUUGUUCUGCCGGUGUUUCAUGUUGGAUAUUUUCGCUUCAUCUUAUCCAUUUUACAGACAAUUUGUAAAAGAUGUGCUCGAGUCCUUCUUUCAGCUGAUGAUCGGAUUAAAUUUAUGAACCACCUGAGAAAACCUGAACUUAGUUACCUGGAGAAGAAAAGUUUACACAAACAAAUUUGCGAUAAAUGUAAAAAAGUUAAAGUCUGUUCUUUUUGUGGACUUGCAAAUGGUACAGUUAAAAAGGCCGGUCUCUAUAAAAUCGCUCAUCUUAUUCCUAAGCCAACCACAGGUAGAAAGGAUAAAACCGUGGAAGAAGAUCUCUCAGCGGAAUUGUUAAGUUUCAUCGAAGAGAACAAAGAAAUGGAGGAACAUAUUCGCCGAUGUAAAGCUGAGCUUUUAGAUCCACUUCGUGUACAAAAUUUAUUCAAAGAAAUUCCAACCAACGAUUAUUGUUACUUGUUGAUCAAAGAUUUUGAUCCAAUUGAUCUUAUUCUAACCAAAAUUCCAGUUCCUCCUUCAUGUAUACGACCAUCGGUUCUCAAUGAACUAGAAUCAGGAUCAAAUGAAGAUGAUUUAACAAUCAAAUUGAGUGAGAUCAUUGUUGUAAAUGAUUUGAUACAGAAAAGACGAUCAAGUGGUGCAAGUAUUGCAAUGCUGAUUGAAGUUUGGGAAUUUCUUCAACUACAAAUCGCCCUUUAUAUCAACAGUGAAACCUCAGGUAUCCCCAUGAAUAUGAGACCCAAAAAACUGGGCCGUGGACUCGUUCAACGUUUAAAAGGUAAACAUGGUCGAUUUCGAGGUAACCUUAGCGGUAAACGGGUUGACUUUUCAUCACGAAGUGUAAUUUCACCAAAUCCAAAUUUAAAAAUCGACGAGGUCGGUGUACCCAAACAUAUUGCCAAAAUUUUAACAUUUCCAGAGAAAGUGACACCCGCUAAUAUAAACAAGAUGAAACAAUUAGUUAGAAGGGGAGCUGAUGAACAUCCUGGUGCUAAUUUUAUCGAGGACAAAAAGUCCGGUAAUAAAAUAUUUUUAAAAUAUGCUAACCGUAGGAAAAUUGCCGCUGACCUUAAAUUCGGGGAUGUAAUUGAAAGACACAUGGACGACGGAGAUGUCGUUAUGUUCAACCGUCAACCCUCCCUUCAUAAACUCAGUAUCAUGUCACAUAAGGCUAAAAUUCAUGAACAUCGAACCUUCCAGUUCAACGAGUGUGUCUGUACCCCUUACAAUGCAGAUUUUGACGGAGAUGAGAUGAAUUUACAUUUACUCCAAACCGAAGAGGCCAAAGCCGAAGCAUAUAUUUUAAUGGGAAUCUUAUCGAACAUAAUUACACCCAGAAAUGGUGAACCACUGAUCGCUGCUAUACAAGAUUUUAUCACCGGAGGUUAUUUACUUACACAAAAAGACUCAUUUUUUGACCGAUCCAAAACAUGCCAACUAAUUAGUACAAUUUUAGGUGAUAAACAAGGGGUAUCAAAAAUAACCCUUCCUCAUCCAUGUAUAUUUAAACCUAAACCCCUUUGGAGUGGUAAACAAAUAUUCAGUUUAAUAUUGAAACCAUUUCGAGAUGGUAAACCUGGUCUAGAUUUACGAACUAAAUCAAGAAAUUAUUCGGGUAAAAAUGAAGAGUUUUGUGCAAAUGAUGGAUUUGUUACCAUAAGAAACAGUCAACUCCUUUGUGGUACCAUGGAUAAGGCUACUCUUGGUUCCGGAAGUAAAACCAAUGUAUUUUAUAUAAUGUUGCGGGAUCUUAGCCCAUCCGAGGCUGGUAUGGCCAUGUGGAGAUUAGCUCGUGUUACAAGUUAUUACCUUGCUAAUCAUGGUUUCUCCCUUGGAUUAGAAGAUGUUACACCCACUGAGCUUUUACUUUCAUCUAAAAAAAAUUUACUAACAACAGGAUAUCGUAAAGUAAAUGAAUACAUUUCUGAUCUACGAGAUGGUAAACUUGAACGAUUACCUGGACAAUCUGAUGAGGCAACACUGGAAUCAAUGAUACUUAAAGAAUUAUCUGUUAUUCGUGAUCAUGCUGGUAAAAGUUGUCUCAGAGAAUUAUCAUCAACCAAUGCAGCCUUAAUCAUGGCGAUGUCAGGAUCAAAAGGAUCACUUAUCAAUGUAUCACAAAUGGUUGCCUGUGUUGGUCAGCAAGCGAUUAGAGGUGGACGAGUACCUGAUGGAUUUGGAGGUAGAUCACUGCCACAUUUUGGUUAUAAGGAUAAAUCGCCUUUGGCUAAAGGAUUUGUUGAGAAUAGUUUUUAUUCUGGACUAACGGUUACCGAAUUUUUUUUCCACACAAUGGCCGGUCGUGAGGGUUUACUGGACACUGCGGUAAAAACUGCUGAAACUGGUUACAUGCAGAGACGAUUAGUUAAAGCAUUGGAAGAUCUUGUCUCCCAUUAUGAUGGAUCAGUACGUAAUUCUCGUGGAGAGGUAAUCCAAUUUAUCUAUGGAGAUGAUUCCCUUGAUCCAGCUUGCAUGGAGGAUAAUGAUAAGCCUGUUAAUUUUGAUCGGAUGAUGUUACAUGUGUCAACAACUCACCCGAAUGAUACUGAACCCUCACUUGAUCCAGAAACUAUUGUAUCCAAGUCGAGAGAGCAAAUUGAUCGUUGGUCAAACAAUAUCUCGAACUCAUUUAAAAAUGAAUUAACAUUUUAUAUCAAAGAAUUGGCCACCAAAUUGGUUAAUUUUCGUAUGCAAUUUAAACGGGAAGUUUAUGAUCAAGUUUAUGGUCAAGUUGGUCGAUUAACGGAAACUCAAUUAAUGCAAUUUCUGGCCUGCUGUGAAGAUAAAUAUCUUCGUGCCAAAUUAGAACCGGGAACCGCUGUUGGUGCAAUUUGUGCUCAAUCUAUUGGUGAACCUGCCACUCAGAUGACACUUAAAACUUUUCACUUUGCUGGUGUUGCUUCAAUGAAUAUUACUCAAGGUGUCCCUCGAAUCAAAGAGUUAAUUAAUGCCAAUAAAACAAUUUCAACGCCCGUUAUUCGUGCAGCAUUGUUAGACCCUAAGAACGGCGAGGAGGCUCGAGCUGUGAAAAUGAGACUCGAGAAAACAACUUUAGGUCAAAUUUGCGAAUUUAUCGAAGAAGUCAUUUUACCUGAUGAUUGUUUCAUUCUCAUAAAACUUUACAUUGACAGGAUUAAAUUAUUAAAGCUCGAGGUUGACGUACAUUUGAUUUCAAUGAUUCUCACUAGAACUCUUAAGAUUCAAUCUCAUCGUAUCAAAAUUCAUGGUCGUAAUUUGAUUCAAGUUUAUUCCAGUUCACCAUCUGAAUUAUGGCAAUUACGUGAAUCAAUUUGUGGAGUUGUGGUGAAAGGAAUACCCACCUUGAAACGAGCUGCUAUUCGUAUCGAAGGUGAAAACAUGAAUUCUAAACAUUAUUUGAUGAUUGAAGGUGAAGGACUUCGAGAUGUGAUGGCUACUUAUGGGGUAGAUCCAAGGCAUUCCUAUUCAAACAAUGUCAUGGAAAUUGCCGCUUGUCUUGGAAUCGAAGCUGCUCGAGCUGCGAUAAUUAAAGAAAUUAAAGUUACUAUGGAAAAUCACGGUAUUAGUAUCGAUUCUCGUCAUCUUAAGCUUCUUGCCGAUACUAUGACCUAUCGAGGGGAAGUCUUGGGAAUUACAAGGUUCGGUCUUGCAAAGAUGAAAGAAUCGGCUCUUAUGCUCGCAUCGUUCGAGAAAACAGCUGAUCAUUUGUUCGAUGCCGCUUAUUUUAGUCAAGAAGAUCCGAUUCUUGGUGUGUCCGAAUCGAUCAUCUCUGGAAUGCCCAUUCGUAUUGGAACUGGAUUCUUUGACCUUAUUAAGAAACAAGAUUUUGACACGACUCCAUCUAAAUACUUUGAACGGAAACUGAUCUUCAAUGACGAUGAACUUCAUGAACCUUUUAACUACGAUGUCGAUCCGAGAUAUUUUCAAGAAUCCUAAUCUCCAUUUGGAAUCAAACAAACUUCUAAAUUGAAGUGAUCAAGAUAAAACUCAUUACGUCUCAUUUAAAAAUCAUUAUUUCAUUUAAUCUAAUCAUCUUAACUAAUCAUUGGAUUAAUUUUAUUCUCGUUAAAAAGUCUUUUUUUUCUAUGUAUUUAAUGAUCAACCUGUGGCCUUAAUCACAGAAUUAAAUUAUUUCAGUCCAUCUAA